AUUAAAAUACCACCCAGACAAAAACCCUGAUGAUCCAGAAAAGUUCAAACAUAUAAGUCAAGCGUAUGAAGUCUUGUCUGAUGUAAAGAAAAGAGAAACAUAUGACAAAGGUGGGGAGGAAGCCAUUAAAGGUGGCGGAACUGGCAGUGGCUUUGACUUUCAUUCACCUAUGGAUAUAUUUGACAUGUUUUUUGGUGGUGGGGGUCGCGGAAGGUCGCGAGGCCCACAGAAGGGCAAGGAUGUUAUACACCAACUUAAAGUAUCUUUAGAAGACUUAUACAAUGGCACAACUAGAAAAUUGUCCUUAAAGAAAAAAGUUAUCUGUGCGAAAUGUGAAGGUAAGGGUGGGAAAGAAGGAGCUGUAGAAAAAUGUGGAAACUGUAAGGGAACCGGUAUGCAGGUACAUAUAAGACAGCUGGGUCCCGGCAUGGUACAACAAAUGCAGUCUGUUUGCUCGGAAUGUUCAGGCAAAGGGGAGACAAUAAAUCCGAAACUAAGAUGCAAGACUUGUCUUGGCAAGAAGACUGUUGAUGACCACAAAAUAUUAGAAGUCCAUGUUGACAAAGGUAUGAAAGAUGGUGAAAAUAUCCGAUUUGCUGGAGAAGGGGACCAAGAGCCGGGUCUCGAACCCGGAGAUAUUAUCAUUGUAUUGGAUGAAAAGGAGCACAAUACAUUCAGACGUAAUGGGCUUGACUUGAUUAUGGAGAUGGACUUAUUGUUAGUCGAGGCACUGUGUGGUUUCCAGAAAACUAUAGAAACAUUGGAUAAAAGAACGUUGGUUAUAACAAACUUGCCAGGUGAAGUUGUUAAGCCAAAUGACAUCAAAUGUGUUUUGAAUGAAGGAAUGCCUUUACAUCGCGACCCAUUUACACGAGGACGUUUGAUUAUCAAAUUCAACGUAAUAUUUCCUGAUGCGGGAUCUAUACAACAUAAAAAACUAGCCGAGCUCGAGUCAUGUUUACCAAAACGUCAAGAAGUAUUAAUUCCAGACGGAGCCGAGGAACACACGCUGGUAGAAUACGACGCGAGGGCGCAGCAUCGUCGUGGCGAGGCUUACGACGAGGACGAGGAGGGUAUGGGAGGACAACGUGUACAGUGUGCAUCGCAUUAAUGACUCACCAUACUUUAAGUUAUUUAUAACUUGU